AUGACUUUCCUGGGAUCCAUCAUCACUCUCUGCGCCGUUGGAGCAAUGGGCUUCUCGGGGGAUAAGGUCUCAGAGGUGCUGUCAGAUUCAUCUCUCCUGAGCAUCAUUACUGAGGCCAGGCAGUUGGUCGACACUUCAUACUUACAGGCUCGUAAAAGCUUAAAGAGAAAACUGGAGGAAAAUACUGUUAACCCGAUGGAUUUCCUGAAGCACCUAAAGGACCCCAUAGGAAGGACCAGAUCUGCAGUCCGUGCUGCUGAUUACUUGGAAACUACUUUGAAACUCCUCAAAAGGAAGCUUCAUCUCUCUGGGGAACAGAGGUUCAAUGUCACAGACCUGCUAAGCAGGAGACAGAAGGAGAUGAUUUCCAAGGGCACUGGCUGUGACUAUCAGACUCGUUCCAUUAAAUGCCCAGAGAGGGACUUUUACCGGACCAUUACUGGGGAGUGCAACAACAGAAAUCACUCCCACCUGGGGUCCUCUAACCGCGCCUUCGCACGCUGGCUCCCAGCCCAAUAUGAAGAUGGAGUGUCUGUUCCCAGAGGAGCAAGUGAAGGAAAGCACUACAAUGGAUUCCCACUCCCACUGGUUCGAAAAGUAUCCAAUGAAAUUGCUCACACGGCCAACGAGAACAUCACUGCAGACCAGCAGCUUUCACUGGUCUUCAUGCACUGGGGCCAGUGGGUCAACCAUGACAUAGACUUGGCUCCUGCCAGUGGGGAAGGAGCCAGCCUGGAGCUCCAGUGCCACACCAGCUGUGCCUUCAAGCCACCCUGCUUCCCCAUUAAGUUCCCCGCUGACGACUCGCGGAUGCUGAGCCCUGACACCUGCAUGCCGUUUGUGCAGUCAGCCUCCGUGUGCAGCCCCGGCACCUUCCAGCGGGAGCAGCUCAAUGCCGCCACGUCCUUCGUCGACGCCAGCACGGUGUACGGCAGCGACGACGCCCUGGCGAGGAGCCUGAGGAACCUCACCAGCCAGCUGGGCUUGAUGGCUGUCAACCAGGACUUCCUGGACGCGGGGCUGGAAUUGCUGCCCUUUGAGAACAUGACACACAGCAUUUGUGUUCUCACCAACAGGAGUGCCAACAUCCCCUGUUUUAAAGCAGGUGACAAAAGGGUGACAGAAAACCUGGGACUCUCUGCAAUGCACACUCUCUUUGUCCGAGAGCACAAUCGCCUGGCUACACAGCUGAGGAAAUUAAAUCCCCAUUGGGAUGGGGAAAAGCUUUACCAGGAGAGUCGAAAGAUUGUGAUUGCCAUAAACCAGAUCAUAACAUACAGAGAUUACCUCCCACUCCUGCUGGCUGAGGAGACCAGCAAGUGGAUCCCUUUGUACAGUGGUUACAAUGAAAAGGUGGAUCCAAGGGCCUCAAAUGUUUUCUCCCUGGCUUUCCGAUUUGGCCACACUUCGGUGCAGCCUUUUGUGUCCCGUUUGAAUGAGAGCUUUCAGCCUUUGGGUUCCUCCUCCCAUGUCCCUCUGCAUUUGACCUUUUGUGCUCCGUGGAGAAUUGUAAUGGAAGGAGGCAUUGACCCCCUGAUCCGGGGCAUGGUUGUAGAUCAUGCAAAACUCAUGAAACAGAACCAGCUGCUCAUUGAGGAACUCCAGAACCACCUCUUCGAACAGACAGAGGUGAUGGGUUUGGAUCUAGGAGCCAUGAACAUGCAGCGAGGAAGAGACCACGGCCUUCCAGGUUACAACACCUGGAGAGGCUUCUGUGGGCUUUCCCAACCCCAGACUAUAGAAGAAUUAUCGGAAGUGCUGGGCAAUCCCAAACUGGCCAAGAAGUUAAUGAAUGUGUAUGGGACACCGUACAACAUUGACCUCUGGAUUGGGGCAGUUGCAGAGCCUGUGGUUUCCCAAGGCAGAGUUGGGCCCCUCCUGUCCUGCAUUAUUGGCACCCAGUUCAGGAACCUGCGUGAUGGGGACAGAUUCUGGUGGGAAAACCCAGGAGUUUUCACUCCACAACAGUUGCAAGCAUUGAGAAAAAUCUCAGUGUCAAGGGUGAUCUGUGACAAUACUCAUAUCAAAAAGAUACCCAGGGAUGUGUUCAAGAUCAACACUUAUCCUAAGGACUUCACUGAUUGCCAAGAGAUUGAUGUGCUUGACCUCUCAUCCUGGAAAGACAAGCCUGAGAGUGCCACAAAAGUUUAUAAUCCUACUCAUCAGACCAGCACUGGAAAUCCCUAA